CAGGCUUCAAAAUUUGAGAUCAAGAUGUAAGUUUACUGAAUUGUAGACAGUGUCUGAAAUCCCAAACAGUCAUAUAUAACUUUUUCCUAAUCGGGUGCCAGGUGAAGUCCUCAAAAGAACGUGGAAUUAUCGCUUUUGCCCCACGGGUACCUUUUGAGGUCUAGCCUGCAGUACUCUUGAACAACAUGUCAGCUUCUGCACCGUUGCCCUUAGCCAGCUCCCCAGAGAAGACAAAUGGAUCCUAGUUGAGCAGACUUCUCAUCGAUGGUGGAACAACAGUGUUGAGGACCAUCUUUGAUGGCUAUCACCCACCGGCAAGGCUGUCUGCUGGACUUAACGCCCACUCUUUUACCCUGAAUUCUCUCCUUGGGAAAAGGGUUCUGCGUGCAGCUCAGUGGGACAAACUAUUCCCACCUGACGGAGCAGCACCAGACUCUCAGACGUUUGAUAUCACUCUCCUGUUUCUCCUUCUCACCAACAUUUGCGGACUAUCUCCUCCUCGCUCAGGGUGGCAUUCAAAGCCAUCUCCGGGUGACAACUCUCGUGAAGCAAAUCUUGCCCGGGUGAAGUUCUUCCGCAAUGAGUUGUAUGGCCACGUCACUAGCACUGGCAUUGACACACCCACUUUCUCUUCUCUGUGGCUAGAAAUUAGUGCUGCUCUGGUUGCUCUUGGGUUGGAUAAAAAAGAAAUCGAUAAACUGAAAGAAGAAAAGUGUGGCGCGGAAGAUUACCUUGACGUUUUGAUUAAAUGGGUUAAAAGUGAAGAAGAAAUCAAAUCUCAUUUGACGAAACUGCAUCGAUCUCAGAGCAGAACACAGCGUAGUAUUGAAGAGGUACGUCAAACCCAACUAGAAGAUCACAAAACGCAUCAAGAUAGCAGGUCCAUGCUAGGAGAAGUGCAUCGAUCUCAGAGCACAACACAGCGUAGUAUUGAAGAUGUACGUCAAACCCAACUAGAAGAUCACAAAACGCAUCAAGAUAGCAGGUCCAUGCUAGGAGAAGUGCAUCGAUCUCAGAGCACAACACAGCAUCGUAUUGAAGAGGUACGUCAAACCCAACUAGAAGAUCAUAAAACGCAUCAAGAUAGCAAGUCAAUGUUAGGAGAAGUGCAUCGAUCUCAGAGCAAAACACAGCGUAGUAUUGAAGAUGUACGUCAAACCCAGCUAGAAGAUCACAAAACGCUUCAAGAUAGCAAGUCAAUGCUAGGAGAAGUGCAUCAGACCCAGACGAAAAUACAAAGCACCAUUCAGGGCGCUGCUAGAAGCCAAGGCGAGUGUUUGGAAAGUUUGCAAAAAGAUGUACAGGAAAUGAAGGUAGCCGUUGGAGAACUUAGCAAAGGAAGAAACUCAGGCAGCCAAGGAGAAGAGGUCCUGAGGAACCUCGUUAAGUCUGAAUUCAAAGGAGACAUCGAGUUUCACGUCCAACGUUUUCAAGAAGACACCCGUGAGUGGGUGUUUAGCAAAGUCCAAAACUGGUUAGACGACAGAAACUCUCAAAACCGGGUGAUGGUUAUAUGUGGAAACGCAGGAAUGGGGAAAUCUGUCAUUUCCGCCGUUGUUUGCAAAAAAAUGCAAGUGGCUGGCCGUUUAUGCGGAAGUCACUUCAUCCAACAUAAUAACGUCCGUUACCGGAAGCCUCAGUUAAUGCUUCAGUCCUUGGCCUGUCAUAUGUGCCAUGCUCUGCCAGAGUUUAAGCUAGCUCUUAUAGAGCAAUUGUCAAGAAAUACGGGUAAGGAUCUCAACGAUAUGGGGGUUGAGGAAUUAUUCGCCUUCCUCUUGAAAGAGCCUCUCAGCAGCGUAGAGGACCCUGGAAGGAACAUGUUACUAGUUAUAGAUGGCCUGGAUGAAAGUGACUAUCACGAUCGGAAUGAGUUACUUGAGAUCAUUGCCAAUCACUUUGGCAAGCUUCCAAUGUGGAUUCGAUUUCUUGUCACAAGCCGACCCGAGAGGAACAUUGCAAAGACAUUAAGACAUUUGCAACCGUUUCAGCUGGAAGCAGAGGAUGAGCAAAAUCAAAAUGACAUCAAGCGCUUCAUCGGAAAGAAAUUAGAAUGCAUGCCAGAAGCAGAAAACACGAAUGACAUUGUGGAAAAUCUCGUUGAAAAGUCGGAAGGGCUCAUGCUGUAUGCUUACUUUCUUCUAUUAUACAUUGAAGAGAAUCCAUCAGUUCUUAAACAAGGAGACGAAAAGGGAAACUUACCGUUAGGAAUUUCUUCAGUCUACCAUCGCUAUUUCAAAAGGUUGGAGAGUGAGCUCAUGAGUGAGCUUGGCAUCAAGGAAGAGUCUUUUUUGAAUUUCCUUUCUGCUCUUGCCGCAUCGAUAGAACCCUUGCCUAUCGACUUUGCUUCUCGGCUGUUGCUUUCAAGUACUACCACGAAAGGUAGUAAACGGAAACUUUUGAAAGCUAUAAACAGUGUUUCCUCACUUCUUCCCAUUAGAGGUGACCGUCUUCACAUUUUUCACAAGUCCAUCAAAGAUUGGUUAACAGAUGAAUGUUGCUACGGGGCGCACGACUUCAUCGUCGACGAGAGAGAAGGCCAUCGUAUACUUGCAGAACUUUGUGCUGCAGAAUUUGAUAUUCUGGUGCAGAGACGAGUUGCGAAAUCUGUGAGUGACGCGCAGUUUAAUGACAAGACAAGGUAUGCCCUACAACAUGGUGUUCGACACAUGUUAGAGGUCGACGAGGAUACAAGAAAAGACGGCAUUAAGGACGUUGUGAGGAAGUAUGUGAUAAACCAAGAGCUUGUCUAUGCAAAGCUGUGUGUGAAUAGUACAGUGGCGACGGAAGAUAUUGUUUGUGUUCUAAAGGAAGAGAGCUUUAACUCGUUGAGUGGAGAAACGAAAGCUUCCCUGGAAACUUUGCUGUCUAUUCUACGUAAGAACAGUCGGUCGCUGAUGGAGCUUCCGCAUGUUUUCUUACAGACUAUGGUGAACGAGAGCAGAUCAGUGCUAUCUUCAGAAGCUAAAAAACUCUUGAAUGAGAAAUAUGAUGAAAUAUCCUAUAUGGAGCUGGUCAACAAGAAUCAACAGCAGUCAGUUGUGGAAGCUCAAUUUCAUUGUUCAUCAGAAGUGCUUUGUCUCGAUAUUUCGCCAGACCAGGAUUAUAUGGUGUGUGAAUGUUAUGAGGAACAGAUUCAGCUGUGGUCACUGAAGACGGGUAAAUUAGAAUGGAGAAAUCCUGUCUUAAUGAAGGAAUAUGAAUUCAGACCUACAUUUCGUGGAGCAUUUGUAGGUGGAGAAGGAUCAGGUUUUGGGACGCUUUCAUUUUAUCGAUCCGUCGCCUUUCAUCCCGAUGGAAAACAUAUACUGCCUGGAAACCUAUCCGCAGUUUAUACCAUUGAUGGGAAACAGAAAGAGCUUUUCAGCACAAGUAAAUGUAGAUUCUCUAUGUGUACAUUAUUAGGGGACAACACCGCGAUACUUACAGACUGUCCGAACAAUUCCAAAUGCCUAGUCUUUUGGAGUCUGGAUACCGGGGUAGAGAUGUCCCGCAUUACCAGAAAUGAAGAUAUAAUCUGUUUUCAGUGCUCUCCAGAUAAAAAUCUUCUGGUAGUCUCCCACUCCACGGGCUCACUAUGUCUGUUUGAUUUGCAGAAUGAAGAAACUGAGUUAGGAUCAAUAUCGACAAAUUCACCCUGGGGAUUUAUGACUUUCUCCGUGGAGAGUGAUGCUCUUGUUGGUCUGUGCAAAGACAGAGUUGGUCACCGACGUUUUCGCUGCAGAAUUACUACUAAUAGAUUUUCCCAAAAAAUGUUGAGUGACUUCAGCGAAGAAGGUUUACUCGAUAGCGAUGAGGAUGAUUGGCCUUUCAUCGACGGAGAUGCCACAGGAAGUUUGACGUUGGCCUUGUCGAGAGUUAUUCCUUUCGAGAGAGCUGGAUUGCUAAUGAGGUUAAAAAGCGAACGUGCAUUAUUAAGUAGCCCAAAUCUUCAACAUGUGAGUUUGAUAAAUCUCGCUAAAAUUCAAAAGACCGACAUAAAGUCCAACACGUUGGUUGAGGAUGUUGCUUUCUCCACUAAUGGUGAGAAUGUGUACGUGGUGGGUGGGAGUCCACUAACAGUGACUGUAUGGGAAUUUCCAAGUUGGAAUCUUAAAGCAGAAAAAAACUACGAGAAGUUCCCUUCGAUUUUGCCUGUGAAAGAUGGUGUUAUUGUUUUGGACGAUACAGUUGAGUUUUGGGACGUUGAAUUGACGGAGUGUAAACGUCCGUGGGGCAACUUACAAGGAAUUAAGUUGCUACCUAUAUCAGAAGAACAAGUAGCUUGUUUGACCGAAGAUGGUACCGCUGUUGUCCUGUCUACCUCGGAUGGUCGUUCCCAGAUCAUUGGAAAUGUAAAAGGGUGGAUAGUCCUAGCGAUGAACAAAAAAUUCGAAAUGAUAAUAUUUAAACGUACAUGCGAAUUAUUAGUGGAAAGCGCUGUUCACCUUUCAGACGCCUCGUUUUCAUCGCCUCGCAAAAUUCGGUCGUUUUUGGAAGGUAGGGAUGGCGUCCUACCAAAAGGCUUAUUUUCUCCCAAAGGGGAUUUCGUGGUUCUAUGGACCUCUAAGAUCGUAGAGAUCUACAAUGCAACCUCAGGGAAAUUACACAGCAAGUUACUCGAAAAGGAUUAUUUAGUGGAUGUUAAAUUUAUCACGAACCGAGCGUUGAUGGUCUGUUCAGUGGAGAAUGUUGGUAACUUUCUUCGAAUGUUCGAUGCAAUUUCAGAGGAACAUUUGGCUACGUUAAAUAUUGAAGGGGAAAAUUUUUGUCUUGGCGUUUGCCUGAACAGUUUACGUGUCGCCGUGUCCCUGGGUGGAUCGGAUGUAAGGCUCAUCCAGGUGCAUCUUCCAAGAAGCAGACGACUUUCUCAUGAGUGAGAAGGUGCUGGCCUUGUUUGCACGAACUAUGACGAAAUCUGGUCGGGUGCGGCUUAGAAAGACGAUUUACUGCGAUAUAAUCACAAUGAUGUUUUUUUCAGACUGCGCAUGUGCUCGGCAGAGGGUGCUUUAAUCGAAUCCGGAAAGACCAAAACUUCCAACCGUUUUACGUUCUUCGAACACAAUCAUUUACGCCUAAGAUUUACUGUGCUAUCUCUAACGACUAAGGCAUGUUCUGUAUUUCUCGUAAAUAUAUGUUAUGCACUAUUUUCACGUAUUUUGAACUAAUCAGUUACAAACCAUUUUAUUCCAUGUUGGACUAGUCGUUCUUUUGCAAGGAAUCUUCCUGAACGGUACUUCAAUUAGAUAAUUAUUUCUUAUACAAAAUUUGUUUGUCCUAUUUUGUUAUUUCUGCUUUGAAGGUGUCGGCAUGCAACUUAUGAGUUCGUUUUGCUGAUCUAGAGAGCUUCCAUUUAUUAUUUCCGAUUUUGUUUGCCAAGUGAAACAGAAUUUUAAUUGAAAAAAUAAAUGAUAAUUUACUUUCCUUUAAAGAACGUCUUUUAGGUUUUUUUAACUCUGGAGUAAAAGAGUUGCAGAAAUGUACAAAAACAACCAGGUCGAGAGAGCUUUUUAAAAGCUGGAUUAAAAUAUUUGCAGAAAAUGCACCAAAACUUCCGGAUCGGAAGACACUCUGAGAAGUCUUGUAUAAAUGCAAUAAAUCUAGUUUUUACCAAAUUCUCACCUGCUUAUUUGUUUUACUGCAUUUGUGUAUGACAAUGCCUUAAAUGUAAUAUAGUUCGGUUACUUUCCUGAGAGUUC